CCAUGUCGCCAGACAAACAGCUCGAGCAUGCAGUUCACGACCUCAACCUCGUCUUCGCCGACGCACUCGUGCACAAACGCGAGUACAAGCGCGCUUUGCGGUACUAUUCGUCGUCCUUAGCGUUCCAAUACCCGAAAGCUCCUACCCCUGCAUCGUCCGACAUGACGUCUUCAGAAGCCCGUGUUCGGUUCCAAAUCGCCAAAUGCAUGCAUCAUCUGGACGACAUUCCCAGCGCCAUCCGAAUGCUGGACCGCAUUCCGCCGUCGCGUCGAACGCUCGGCAUGAACAUGCUGAGUGGGAACCUCCACUUGACGCAAGGCUCGACUCGGCAAGCCGAAGUUGGGUUUCUUGCCGCCCUCACAGCAAACCCAUACGCCGUGGAAGCGACGCUCGCCCUGGCAGAAAUCGCAGGCAAGAACGAAGAGCGCAAGCCCAACCCGCUGGACGACAGCGACAUCGUUCACAUGUACACGGAGCUCGGCGAGACCGGCGGCAUCGACGCCACGGACGCGGCAUGGCUCCAGUCGCUCGUGGAUGCCCACAUCCAGCUCCACAGCCAUCAAUUCCAGUACGCCCUCGAGUCCCUCGAUGACAUGGAGCGAGUGGUAGCUACGACCCACAGCCUGCACUGCCACCUCUACCGCGCCAGUGUAUUGAUGGAGCUGGAGUGCCCUGAACAGGCCAUGGCCUCCUUUGUGCAUGCGAGACAUUGCGAUGCCCACAACGUGCUCUACAUGGACGUGUUUGCGUUCUUAUUGAAGCAAGCUGGCCUGACCAUGCAGCUCAACAGCCUCGUCAGGGAUUUGUUUACGAUCACCGAAGCCCACCCACAAGUGUGGCUCGCUGCUGCUUGCUACAGCGACCUCAAAGGUGACCAGCCUGCCGCCCUUCAGCUCUGCGAUCGAGCUAUUUCCGUGGACCCAUCGUACGCUCGCAGCUACAUAUGCCGGGGGUACCUUUUGCUGGCAUUAGAUCGUCCUGAAUAUGCCGUCAAGUCGUUCUCCCAUGCCUCCAAGCUGGCCAAGACCAUGGACGCGUACGAAGGUAUGAGUGAGGGGCUGUGUAGCCUCUGCCUCAAGGGCGCCGACAAGUACGCGGACGCAAUCAACAUCGCGCGGCUCGCGCUCAUGUAUAUGCCGCACAGCCCCCGGGCGUACUUGCUGCUGGGGUCGGUGCUGUCUCUCCGGCCGGAAAGCCGCGAUAAGGCACGCAAAGCGUUUGAGAAAGCGUUGAGUAUGCGGCCCAAGUUGCUUCGAGCGCAUUUUGGGCUCGUGGAUCUCUUGAUUGCCGAAACAAAGUACCCCGAUGCGAUUGCCAGACUCGAGUCGCUCACACAAUACGUGGGCCGAGACGUGGUAUUUGCGAAAUUGGGCGACGUGCACACGUUGAACCAGUCGUUUGGGCUGGCACUGCCGCAGUACCACCAUGCGCUGGCGUUGAAUCCGAAUUGUGUGACAGCGUUAAGGGGUGUGGAUCGGGUGGAGAAGCUCCUGAGGGGCGACGGCGACGCCAGCCAGUAUGACGACGUGAUGGACGACCGCCGUCUGUCCAGUGGACCUGCCUAGUGGUUACGGCAAAGUCAUAUGUCGACUUGAAGAACGAUACACGCCUAGAUGUACUGUGUGCGGAAUUCGAGGACAUUUGAUACAUGUAACGUUAUGCUGGAUGAA